UGGUCGGCCCUAGUCAUCGGAUACCCGGAACAACACUACAGAACACUGUUGACAACUGUAGCUUGUCAACUUAUCCAGUUUGCAGAAUAAUGAAGCUGUCAAAACAAGCCUGGAUGGGGUUUUUGGCGCUUUCAUUUCAUUAUCACCCGUGCUAGCUAACGAAUGAACAGGGGAAGCUAGCUGAAAAGUCGAGAUUAAAGUGACAGUGUUUAACCUUACCUAGCUUACAGAGCUAGCUAGCUAAAGACAUAGCAGCAUGGGCGAUGGUAGCAUCACUCCUAGGCUCGGCAACAUGAAGGCAUUGCUAGGAAUAGUUGCCGGAGCUGGAGCCUCUUAUGGGCUUUACAAACUUCUAAGCGGGGGAAGUUUCAAGAAAAACAAGAAGAGUGCGGCCAGUGAAAGCCCUGGUGUGCGGGGUAAGCAGCCCGGUGAAGUUAGCCUUCAGCCGGGCAGUCUGUUGGCUAAAGUGUCCGGACUGGACGUAGUGUGUGCCCGACCUGUUAACGCAGAGAGUGUGGAUGUUGCAUCAGACAUCACCCAGCAGUCUCCAGGCAGCUUAGAGCCACAACACUUGAAAAUGCUGCUGUCAUGUCUGCAGACCAGCAACAAUCAGUCUGACACAUGUCAAAUUAUACUUACACUAGGAAAUGCUUCUGCCUUCACUGUGAAUCAGAAUCUAAUACGGGAAUUUGAAGGGAUUCCUGUCAUAGCUGGUUUCCUUUCUGAUCCUGCUGCAGACGUUAGAGUGCAGACUCUAAACGCUUUAAACAAUCUCUGUAUGAACAUCCAAAACCAGGAACAAAUAAAGGUUUAUGUACCACAAGUGCUGGAACUAAUUGAGACCUCACCAGUGAAUUCUGAAGUUCAACUUGGUGCUCUUAGGCUGCUGACAAACCUUUCAGUCACAGACAAGCAUCAACACUUACUGAAGGAAUCCAUUACACUUUUACUUUCUCUACUUGUUGUGAGCAAUGAAGUCUUACAGGUUCAGGCUUUGAGAGUCCUUGUGAAUUUAUCAUCUAAUCCAGAUAUGAUGGAUGACAUUGUUCAAGCUCAGGCACCAGCAUCUGUUUUACUGCUGUUCGACGCCAGAACAGCCCCUGCAGUGCUUUUGCGUUUGUUGACAUUUACUGGGAACUUAAAGGCCUGGAGGCCCUCUGCCCAGGUGGCUGAAGAACUGAGGCGGAAGCAGGACUGCCUCUUCCGGGUCAUGUUAGACGAGUCCUCUCAGCUCCACAGCAGACUGGUCCAGCUCCUUUCACACCCUGACGGGGAGAUUCAGGCCCAGGUGGCCCGUGUCUUGAUAUAGUCCUCUCUCUGCACUCUUUCAAUCCAUGCACAGCUUAUGCUUCCGAAUAUUUGCCAAAGCAUUAAAACUCACACCCUUCCAGUUAAUGCUGUGAUUCAGUUGUUGUUAAUCUUCUAGAAGAGCAGGCUGUGUAGUCUCAUGUGAGUAUUCAGUUUACAGUCUCAUAAUCUUCAUACCUUUGACAUUAUAGCCAAGCAUAUACUACAUGAUCUAUACUACCUUACCAGCUACUCUCCAUAUUCCUAUUAAAUCCACAAGCAAUGAGGAAUAAGGAUUAAAAUGCAAGACACCAUUUAUUUAGUAGAGUUUAAUGCACAUUUCCUCGCUUUCUUCUCAUUGCCAAAGACUGUUUUCCUUCAAAGAUCCACAGUGCCCUCUCUUUAGAGAACUUCAUCCUGUUUCUCUGAAGAUAUGUUCCAGGUGAAAUUUCUGAACCCAAGCCCACUGCCAAUUUUUUUUCUAGAGAAUGUGUCACUAUGACCUGUGAAGCAUGAAGAAAUUUACUACCCCUUUCUUUGACACAUGGCUUGAGGGAGCUGAAGUGGUUUUUAGCCGCACACCUUCGCAUGCCUUGGAGACACCAAUAAAUGGAUGUACAACAGCCCCAGUCCUCAGUAAUAUAUCAAGGAGUUGGAUGUUUUUGUUAAUGCAACAAUUCACUUUGUUUAAAGCAAUUAAUGACAUUUGAGAAGAUAAAAUACGGUUGUUUGCUUUGAACAAAAAGAGUAACUCAGUGUGUGAAAAAGACUGGAGCUGAAACACUGCCCCCUUGCUUUUAGAAGAGCUAGUGACUCCGUAAAUUUCGAUUACAACUUUACAUCUGCCACAGCAGACUGAGAGAAACCCUCAGAGUUGAUCCAGGAUGUACUUAUGACUUUGUAUUUCCUAACUGGCCUACAAAUAUCUGCAGAUUCCCCAGAGAGGCCAAGCUAAAGGAAGCUGCUGGGAAAAGGAUGUCUGCACUGCUAUGAUUGUUUCAACUACCACAAGUAUCAUGCAAAUCUGCAGCUUGAAAACACAAGAGGUUCCAAACGUCUAGGAUUCUAAAUCUUGCAUACAGCACAGCACUUGUUUAUAAUGCUGACAGUGAUUGAAUAUUUAAUGCAAGCCUUUCUUUGUUACUUUAUGUACCUGUUGUAAUUAAAUGAAGUGACAGAACCUCAUGUUGUCUUGCUGGAGGACUGAGCGGUGGACCCACCUGCUGACAAAGGUGUGGGUGCAUAUGUAUUUGCAUGAAAAAUGUGACAAUUAUCUCAGAUUUUGUGGCAUGAGCCAGUCCAGGUGUAUAAAUAGAAAUGCUGCACAUUUUUGAUGUUUGGACACUGGCUUUAUUGAACCCAAAUCGUAAAUAUCUCUCAGGCAAUAUGGUUUACCAGAACAUAUUUAGCAGGUGGCUGAUUUACUUGUGACCUAAAUUAUAUUUAUUUAAUAAAGUUAGACAUUUUGCCUCUAAAAUUGGAUAUGUUUAUUAUGUGCGUUUCAGCAGUUCAAUAAAUACCAUCUAUGACAUUACUGUGGA